UCCAGCUAUUGAUCGAAGCACUCCUGUUUUUUUCCCAACUGUCUUUGGUUUUCUUACAUUAAAAAUGCGGCUAGUACCGUUUGGAUUAAUAGUACUUUGUGUCGUGACAUUUGCAGCAACGGCAAAGGGACAGAUAAUAAAAUAUUUACCUUUUAAUGGACCUAGUGAAGUGGAACCGAGACAAUUAAGGCCCACAAAAACUGUUACGACGACAAUGAUAACAACAUUAACUUAUUUUUCGACCUGCACUAUCUUAACCACUGCAUGUCCACAAUCAACUACUACCACCCAAGAACCUACUACAACCACUACCCAGACACCUAUUACAAUCACACCAACUACAACAACUCCUAACACAACUACACAUACACCUCCAAUUCCUACAACUACAGAAUCUACGACCACAACAACCCAGAAACCUACGAAUCCCACUACUACAGAGUCUCCAAUCACUACAACUACACAGACUACACCGAUCACAACAACCCAAGAACCUCCGAUUACGACAACUACAGAGUCCCCGAUCACAACUCAAGAACCGAUCACGACAACUACAGAGUCUCCCAUCACAACAACACAAGAACCACCAAAUACGACCACCACAGAAGUUCCAAUCACAACAACCAAUGAACCUCCGACCACGACAUCUACAGAGUCUCCGAUCACAACAACCCAAGAACCUCCGAUCACGACAACUACAGAGUCUCCGAUCACAACAACCCAAGAACCACCGAUCACGACAACUACAGAGUCUCCGAUCACAACAACCCAAGAACCUCCAAUCACGACAACUACAGAGUCUCCGAUCACAACAACCCAAGAACCUCCGAUCACGACAACUACAGAGUCUCCGAUCACAACAACCCAAGAACCACCGAUCACGACAACUACAGAGUCUCCGAUCACAACAACCCAAGAACCUCCGAUCACGACAACUACAGAGUCUCCGAUCACAACAACCCAAGAACCUCCGAUUACGACAACUACAGAGUCCCCGAUCACAACUCAAGAACCGAUCACGACAACUACAGAGUCUCCCAUCACAACAACACAAGAACCACCAAAUACGACCACCACAGAAGUUCCAAUCACAACAACCAAUGAACCUCCGACCACGACAUCUACAGAGUCUCCUAUCACAACAACUCCAGAACCUCCGAUCACGACAACUACAGAGUCUCCGAUCACAACAACCCAAGAACCACCGAUCACGACAACUACAGAGUCUCCGAUCACAACAACCCAAGAACCUCCAAUCACGACAACUACAGAGUCUCCGAUCACAACAACUCCAGAACCUCCGAUCACGACAACUACAGAGUCUCCGAUCAUAACAACCCAAGAACCACCGAUCACGACAACUACAGAGUCUCCGAUCACAACAACCGAGGAGCCUCUAAUCACCACCACUCCAGAAUCUCCUAUCACGACAACAGACCUUAUUACUACUACAGAUCCGACUACGGAUUCCACUACUAUCGGUGGUGAAGAUUCAGGUUCAAGGGCUAUUGAACAUAGGCAAGCACCAGUGCGAGAAGCGCGUGCUGCUGAUCCACAAUGGCUAGUGAAUUCUCCACUCGGUUAUUACUAUGACCCCGAAGAGAUCCAGCCCGGUUUUGAAAUCGAACGUGGUGUUGACACGCCUUACUACAGUUCAUUCGUCAAACCUGCCGCCGACAUCCAGCCACGCAUUUUCUUCGGCCUAGUGUCGAGAUUAAUAUCACGAUUUGCUACGGUGACGAACACAGUAACAGUUAGUUCGUAUGCUGUUACUGUUUUCACUUACACGUCGACGCCAGAUUGUAGUACUCCUGGCUUUUUACAACAAUGUGCGGCCCUAAAAUGCACCAAGGUGUGCGAUGCAUUCUAGAUCAAAUCAAUGUAUUAAAGAAUCUGCGUCGAUUAUUUAUUUAAAAUAUAUUUUGUUCCAAAGGUUGUCGUAUCAACACUCCAGUGCAUCAUAAUUUAAUAUAUUCCCACAGAAUCAUUAUUGUCGCAAGUAUUUUUUUUUUAUUUUGCUUGGUCAAAAAUGCAAAAUCGUAAAUACGCAAUACAUGUUCGUGGAAACGCGUA